AUCCAUGCUCCAAAAAGUCUGUACACUUCAUCCAAACAGUACUCUAAUCCACCGGAGUAUUUUCGGCCUCAAAAAGUUGGAGUCCUAAUCAUAAACCAACCAUGCUCUGAACUUGAUGAAGGCAGUCUCUAUAGCUCUGGCUUGUAUGAUAAUCAAAGAUUCCGAGAAAGAGAGAAAUGGCAUACUACCUUUGCACUGCACCAGCUUUUUUCUAUCCAGAAUUCCAGCAAUUCUGCAACUCUCUCCAUUGUAGCCACUUUCUGCAACUCCCUGUCCAACAGAAGCCCUCACCUCUAUCCCUCAGGAUCCGCAGAACCACGCCCUUCCAGAUUUCUCAAGUCUCCAUUCAAAACGAUGCCCAGGCAUUGAGGGGUCCCUCGAAAAGCCACGUUUGGAUCAAUCCAGAUAGUCCCAGGGCUUCUAAGCUAAAAGAGGAUUCUUAUGAUUUCAAGCUCUCGUCACUGAUGAGCAUUUCGAACUCCUUGGAUUCCUGCAACGCCGUCGAAGAAGAUGUGAUGGCUAUACUUGCUGCCUUGAGUGACAAAGCAGUACAACAACAUCACGCUGUAUAUAUUCUUAACAAUAUGUCAAACCCUGACACUGCGCUUCUGGCAUUGAAUUACUUCCGGAGAAGGUUUAAAUUGACUAAUCAGGUUAUUUUGUAUAAUGUAACUCUGAAGGUGCUAAGGAAAAACAAAUAUUUGAGUGAAGCGGAGAAACUGUUCGAUGAAAUGCUUGAGAGAGGAGUUAAGCCAGAUAAUGUUACAUUCUCCACUAUUAUUAGCUGCGCUAGGUUCUGCUCCUUGCCGGAAAAGGCUGUGGAGUGGUUUGAAAAGAUGCCAGCUUUUGGGUGUCAACCAGAUGAUAUAACUUACGCAACUAUGAUUGAUUCUUAUGGAAGGUCUGGGAAUCUGGAUAAGGCAUUGAACUUGUAUGACUGUGCAAGAGAAAAGAAAAUGCAUUUUGAUGCCAAGACAUUCUGCUCAUUGAUCAGGGUUUAUAUUGCUUCUGGGAACUACGAUGGGUGCUUGAAUGUGUAUGAAGAAAUGAAGGGACUUGGCAUUAAGCCUGACAUGGCUGUGUAUAACCACUUGUUGCAUGCCAUGGGAAGAGCUAAGAGGCCAUGGAAGGCCAAAGAUAUCUACAUUGAUAUGAUACAAAAUAGAUUUCAGCCAAACUGGGCCACAUAUGCGGCACUGAUUCAAGCAUAUUGUAGGGCUCGUUAUGGCGAGGAUUCUCUUAAUGUGUAUAUGGAAAUGAAGGAAAAAGGUAUGGCAUUGAAUACUGUUCUAUAUAACACACUGCUUGCAAUGUGUGCCGAUUUGGGAUUAAUAGAUGAAGCACUUGAAAUUUAUAAUGACAUGAAGGGUUGUAAAACAUCCAAGCCAGACCGUUGGACAUUUUCAUCUCUGGUCACAGUAUAUUCUUGCAGUGGGAACUUCUUAGAAGCAGAGGCGGUUAUGGAUGAAAUGACAAAAGAAGGAUUGGAGCCAGAUAUUUUUGUCCUAACAUCACUAGUUCGAUGUUAUGGAAACGCUGAUCGUUUUGAUGAUGUUGUAAGGACUUUUAAUCAUCUUUUAGAUUUAGGUUUAACACCAGAUGAACGGUUUUGUGGUUGUCUUCUCAAUGUCUUGAAACAGACACCUAGGAGGAAAAUGCAUAAAUUGACUGCAUGCCUUGAGAAGGCCAUGCCUAAGCUUGGUUACAUUGUGAAACUCCUACUAGAUGGAAAGAAUGCCAAUGGCACUAUUUUUAAGAAGGAAGCCAAUGAACUCUUUCAUUACAUUAGCACUGGUGUGAGAAAGGCUUUCUGCAACUCCUUAAUUGAUAUUUGUGUGAGCCUUAAUCAACUUGAAAAAGCCUGUGAGUUGUUAGACCUGGGAAUAAAAUUUGGAGUCUACAACGACAUACAAUCUAAAGAAUCUACUUGCUGGUAUUUAAAUCUCAAGAGUCUGUCAUGUGGGGCAGCACUAACUGCUCUGCAUGUCUGGAUGAAGGACAUGAACAGAGACAUUAGAAAUGGUGUAGAACUUCCAUCAUUGCUUGGGAUCAAUACGGGGCAUGGAAAACACAAGUACUCUAACAAUGCUUUGGCAGAUGUACUUGAGUCUCAUUUACAGGGACUAAAUGCUCCAUUUCACAGAGAUCCUCAACAGCUUGGCUGGUUUUCUACGACAAAAGUCGCAGCUACAUUGUGGUUGGAAUCUAGAGAGCCUGAGAAAGAUAUCGCUUUUCCAAAUUUAGUUAUUGAUCCAGCAUAAUAUUAGGACAGGAUCGACAAAUUGGCAAUGGCAGCAUUUCAAAAACUUGCAUUCAUGUAGCAUGGGAAUAGAUAGCUAAUGGAAUGCACUUGUAUACUUUGUAGUUUGUGUUUAUCAGGAUAUCUCAGAAAAACUUCAUGUUUGUGGUCUUGUGGAGCCCUCUUAUUCAUCUAUUUCUAUCAGCAGUAGGACAGAAAUAGAUGUAAUUUGAUUGUGAGGUGCUUGUGGCAUGCUAAUUGAUGGGGCAAACCACCACAACCGCGCAAUGUAAUAUGGCUAUUGGCUUGAAAUCAUGUUCAGCCGGCCUCAGUUCAAUUUUCUGACCCACCUGUUUGCUCCCAUGGUAGAGAGAUCAGGCGCCAAAGUGUGUCCUGGACAUGUAUAGUGACAAGAUCCAAACUUAGGACUACAAAUACCCUUCACAUACUCAGGCUCGAACCGGACUGAGCAAAAUGGUGGACCAGGUCCCGGUUAAGAAAAUCUAUCAAUAACUAUGAUGAAGUCAAAUUUAUCAUGGAGUUGUUUUCAUAUAUUUCUGGUUCUAUAUUUGCCAAGUCUGCAAUCACCAGAUAAAUUAUGAUGUUUAGUUAUAAGAGAGAGCACUUGUUUUGGAAUAAAGAUGUUUUAAUUGGAUUAUAAUUUUGAGGGAAUUCCCUAAAUAGGAGUUAAAACUUUUUGAAAUUCCAAAAUAAGAGUAUCAUGUUUUUUAUUCCCUAAAUGGGAGUAAAUUUCUGCCAAGUUUGGCAUUACAAGGCUUUAAACAUGGCAUUUUCCCCAAACUUGGCAGAUUACUCUUAUUCAGGAAAUAAAAAGUAUGAUACUCCUAUUUUUGAAUUUCAAAACAUUUUUACUCCUAUUUAGGGCAAUUUCUGUAUAAUUUUCUAUUCUGGUCUGAUUUGUUCAAGUUUAAUUUGAACAAGCUUGGUAGAUGUUAAUUCUAUUGUAUUUUACAUUUGUUCAAGUCUGGUCUAAUCUGAUCUAUUCAUGUCUGGUUUCAAUGGUUUGAUUUAAGACUAAAAUCAGUUCAAUUAAAAACAUCUAAGCAAAAGUGAAUAGAGUGUAUUAUUGUGAUUUUUAGGUUAUAAGAGAUAAUAUGUCACUUGUUUUCCCCUAAUUUAAUACUAAUUAAAAUAUAAUCUUCUUUUUUUAUAUAGCCCAUGUGUACAAUAAUAUCUAAGCCUUAAUUUUCAAAAUAUUUUGGGAUCAACUAAUAUGAAUCGAUUCAUGAUAUCGGAGCCAAAAAGAGAAGAAAGAUAAAAAUAAAAAUUAAAAAAUAAAGUAAGAUAAAAUGAAAAAAAUUCUUUACCUAAUACAGAUUACGGGGUAUGUGUAGUGGAAAAAAAAUCUAAAGAUAAAAGGAAACAAGGUUCUACAGCUGAGUUUUUCUAGAAUAAUGCUAAACAAAAAAUUAAUUACAAAAAUAUGAUCGAGUUAAGAGUAUUUCCCAAAUGGUGAUGAAAGAACUCUAGUUAAUGUCCCUUAGAAUUAAUAUAUUACUUGUUCAUUUUAAUAUUAAUAAUGCAUAAUAAAACAGAAUAAUAAGUAAAGCAAUAUUUAUUAUUUUGUCAAUUAGCAUUAAUAUUUUAUUGCUCAUAGAUACUUUGUUAGGUUUAAUACAACAGAAUUGUAUAGAGAAUUCGUUUCAAAUAAAAGACAAGAUGUUUGUGAAUUUUAAAAUAGGAUUCUUGUAUUCUUGUAUUUUUGUUCUUCAGAUAUGAGUAAGGAUGUUCUUACUUGGACUGAAAUUUGUUUGUCUGAGACUAAAAACAAUCCCAGUAAAAACAUCCUAAUUAAUGUCAUAUUUUGAAAUUACUAGAUAUUACUUAAAUGGAAAAGGUACUUAUGGUUGAACCCAUUUUCAAAACGGUCUUGUAUUUCAUUUCUAACAAAGUAGGUCAUGUGUUUCAAUUUCGCUUAUCACAAGUGGGGUUUGACGCUAACACCGUUAGAAAUCAUCGGAGGGAGACGAUGAAUAGCAACGUACUCCAAUUUUAAAAAUGUUGGGAGGUAUG